GCGACAAUUUAGCUGCUAGAUCGUCCCACGUUCCCCUCUAUAAGCAAGCGCGACAACGUCGGAUAGAGGCUGCAAGAGCCUUAGAACAUUCUCGAUAACGAUAGGACCCUUCCAAAAUCGCGGGGCACAUUUCAACCUUAUAAAACUAAGCUAAGGCAGAGAGCUACACUUUAUAUUUCUAGGCCGUUUCUCUUCUCAAUGCCCAAUCUUAAUUAAAACUAAACAAGUACAUCGCAGACUUACAGAUUAUAGUCGAAAUGCCUGUCGACUAUAGCAAGUGGGAUGCUCUCGAGCUGAGUGACGAUUCUGACAUUGAGGUACAUCCCAAUGUCGACAAACGAUCCUUCAUCCGCGCCAAACAGAACCAAAUUCAUGCAGAACGACAGCAGCGUAGACUACAAAUCGAAACCCUGAAAUAUGAACGCCAAGUCAACGAUGGAUUAUUAAAUCGGAUAUCAAGCCUUCUCGAAGCCCUCAAUGCUCACGCUGCUGAAGCCGAAACUCGGAACCCGGCCGAAGUUGCUUUCCAAGCUGUAAUGGAAUCCGCUGGUAGUCCAGAAGCUGACAAACCACCUCCUCGACCUGAAGGCGUGCAUGCUCAAGUUGAGCAACCACCCACAUACUCCAAGAUGAUGGCAACGCUACUAGAUCAAGUGAACAAGGAGCUUAACGAAAGGAAACCUGAACACCGCUAUAAUGCCAUGGUAGAAGAAAUUGGUGUGCAUUUCAAGAAGAUCCAGGACCUGCAGAAGGAACUAGUAGAGAAACUAGCUGAGCUAGAAAGGGAGGAAGGUCGCAAGAUCACGAGUGAAGGUAUCCACGAAGGAUUCAAUAGUUCACAUGUCAACAAGGCUGCGCCGUCGGCUUCUGGAGCGAAGAAGGCCGAUGAUUCUAAGGUCGAACUCCUCAACCCUAAUUUCUCAAUGAGCAAGCCAGAUGAGACACAACCCUCGACGGCGGAUGAUGACGACAAGGAUGUUGAAGCUUCGCCAGAUGCCCGAAAGUUCGCCAACAUCAAGGCCGCUAACUACCGGGAGAGUCACGCUUUUAUUGGAUCUCACCCGCACAUUUUAUCCGAGAAGGAAACCGAUGGUCUCCUAAUUAUGGCGUUUGAUGCCCAACUCGACGGAAAGGACGACUUCGCGCGGCAAUGCGUGCACCAAGCCUUGCUAUUACAGUACUGCCGUGCACUAGGCAAAGACGGCGUUGCGCUCUUCUUCAAGCGCAUUACAACUAAGGGCCACCAGGCGCAAGAUGUAUUCUACAAGGAUGUACAAGAUACGUACUACAGGAUCAAGAACCGAGCGGCGGAGAUCAACGCCCAACGAGAGGCGGAGGGUGGAUCCGGCGAGGGUGUGGAGCAGAUCCAAUUGCACGCCGUCGAACCCGGUACCGAGAUCAAGAUCAAGAUCCCACCCGUGAAUAGCGAGGACGAAGGCGAGAAGAGAGGCCGUGCCAUUUUCGAAGGAUUCACCCCGGAUUUCCAGAAGGCGUUAGAGACCGGGAGCUUGGAUAAGGUUAACGAGGUCUUGGGUAAGAUGAAGGUGGAGGAUGCGGAGGAAGUAGUCGGCCUUUUAGGCGAUGCUGGUAUCUUGAGCUUGGAAGAACAGAUAAUAGAUGCCACGACGGAGGAGGGCCAAAAACAUCUCAAGGAGAUGGAAGAUCAGGCGGCACUGGAGUCCUAUGCGGAUGAUCCGGAGUAAGCAUGCCGAGAAUUGACUACGUCUUGGCACGGAGGUGAUUACCACGACGAAAAUAUGAAUACAUUUAGCCCUUCGAGAAACCAAUUGGGUCCUAAUUCUUUAGGGAGGAGGCUUUGCGACCAACUAUAGGUUGAGUCAAAAUUGUCCACUUCGUCUAAUAAAAGUCGUUUGGGUGAUGAUCUUUGCUGUUGAUUGCUAAAUAUGUGAUUGCCUCUUGGCCAGUACGCUGGUUGCACACCUACUUUGGUAGUCGGAGCAAAUUUUGAUUGGAAUGCAUCUGGAGUACUGAGUAACUAAUUGAUCUGCUAUCACCGCGAAGCUUAUGAGGCGUGGUAGAGGCGCAUAGCUGCACAUUGGAAAAUGUGGUUUUGAUGAUGCCAAUAUACAUCACUCGCAAGAGUUGACCCAAAUCACAGAAAAUUGUUCGAUUUUUUUUUUUUUUUUUUUUUUUUGCAAUGAUACAUAAAUGAAGUGGAAUUGAAGGAGAUCUACGGUAAAUCAGUGUACCUUGGUACCCACGAUAUUGCUGUCGCACCAAUUUCGUUCACGGGUUUCACAUAGACUUAUUCAAAACAAUAAAGAGCUACUGACAUAUCAUAUCAUCAAA